AUGGCCGAGUCUCGUGAAGACUCUGUUUACCUUGCAAAGCUUGCUGAACAGGCUGAGCGUUACGAAGAAAUGGUGGAGAACAUGAAGCGCGUCGCUUCGUCCGACCAGGAGCUUACAGUUGAAGAGCGUAACUUACUCUCGGUUGCCUACAAGAACGUCAUUGGUGCCCGUCGCGCCUCAUGGCGCAUUGUCUCCUCCAUCGAGCAGAAAGAGGAAUCCAAGGGCAACGAGGCUCAGGUCACCAUGAUUCGGGGCUAUAGAGAGAAAAUUGAGUCCGAGCUUGCCAAGAUUUGUGAGGAUAUCCUUGACGUCCUCGACAAGCACCUCAUUCCUUCUGCUGCCUCUGGUGAAUCUAAGGUCUUCUACCACAAGAUGAUGGGUGACUAUCACAGAUACCUGGCUGAGUUCGCCACCGGCGACAAGCGCAAGGAUUCGGCAGAUAAGUCGUUGGAAGCCUACAAGGCUGCUUCAGACGUUGCUGUCACUGAACUCCCUCCGACCCACCCCAUUCGCCUUGGACUUGCCCUCAAUUUCUCUGUCUUCUACUACGAAAUCUUAAACUCACCCGACCGUGCAUGCCACCUUGCGAAGCAGGCGUUCGAUGAUGCCAUUGCUGAGCUUGACACCCUCUCGGAAGAGAGCUACAAGGAUUCGACGCUUAUCAUGCAAUUGUUGCGUGAUAACCUUACUCUCUGGACUUCGGAUAUGCAGGAGUCGGGCGACAAGGCUGAGGCUGGCCACGAGCAAGCAGCUGAGGCACCAACAGAGGAAGCUUAGAAUUAAGUUCUUUUGCUGUUGUUGUUUGAUGGCUUCCUAUCAGUCUUCUCAUCGUGUCGAUGGUUCGCGUUCUUUAUCACAUAUCGUACACUGCCCCGCCUUACCUCUUCUCAUCGUGAGCGCCGCCACCACUAUAUCGCAUCCUUAUAUUACAAUUUUUGUCUCUUGAACGC